UUCAACUACAAGGUCUCUAUCCCAAUUUCCCUCAAACAUUUGAAUUCAAAUUGUUACAAUUGUUUAAGAUAUUAAAUAUAUAUACAUCUCAUCACGACUUUCUCUUCCGAGUUUAGUGUAUAUAUAUAAUCGCAAAAAGUAGGAAACAUAGCAAAAGCAAGAUUUGAUAAUCAUCAUGGAGUCGUAUUCGUCCAUUAGCAACACAGACUCCUCUUCAUCUGCUUCAUAUUCUUUCUCAUCAAAUUCCUCAACUCACUACCUUUAUAAUCCCUGCCGCCAAGCAACGAAGAGCGCGAAACCUCAGCCGUCGUUCCGGUCGGCGCUCCACACCGUCCGCAAAUCUCCGGCCAAGAACGUGAUCACCAAGAAACCCAUCGCUCCGCUGCCGCCGACACCACCGAGAAUCUACAAGGUGGAGCCCAUUGAAUUCAAGGAUGUGGUCCAGAAGCUGACGGGGGCGGGCGAGCUCCAGUCGACGCGGCUGCGGGAGGUGGCGCCGCCCCCGCUCAGCCUCUCCCCACGCUUUGUUCCGCAUUCAGCCGAAAAUGAAGAGGAAAAGAGGCAGAAAUCAUUUGAUACUAGUUUUGGGAUUCUAAGCCCACUUGGGUUUAGCUUGUCGCCUUCAUCUCUCGCAUGGUGUUCGGCCAUGCUUCUCAGUCCAGGAACACUUGCUUCCUUCGAGACAAGUGCAGUUAUCUAGUAUUGCAUCGUACCUCAUCUGUAGAUAGGGUUUAAUCAUAGUUUGUAUUCUCAAAUUUCAGCCUUUUUUAUAAAACUGUUCUUGAUUUAUGUUUUUUUGCAAAAACUCUCAACCUGGGAGAAAAAAAUUGAUUUAUGUCUAGAUUUAGGGUUUUUUUUUCUACAAUUUUAUUUUUGAAAAAUGCUGAAAAUUAAGGUACAAACUAUAAUUCACCCUUAUAAAUAUAUAGGUUUUGAUUAUGUUAGUUUGUUGCUAUAUAUUUCACACUUUAUAUAUGCUUACCGAUUUUCUUU